AUGUUCGCCCGCACCACCCGCAACACUCUUGCUACAGCCUCGAAACAGCCCUACAUAUGUCAUUCAUGUCUGCGCCGGACUAGACAGUCUCAAUUGGGCGCUGUCCAUCUUCCCACGCGUCACACAGCACGAUCUCUCCACACUGAGACCCAGCCACCACCGACCCAGGAUGGCACGGCGUUUCGAAAGCAGCUGAAAGAUGCUGCGAAGCAACAAAAGAAAGAGAAGAGCGCCUCUUCUGGCGCCCCAAAGUCCUCGAAAAAGGGCAAAGAUGUGCGACUAGAAAAGUGGGAGCUAACGGUUGGAAUCGAAGUCCAUGCCGAGCUCAACACCGCGCGGAAGCUUUUCUCUGGUGCUGCGACCUCAGUCAGCGAGGCACCCAACACCCAUGUCUCCUUGUUCGACGUCGCAUUUCCCGGUACUCAGCCUCACUUCCAGAAGGAAACCCUCCUACCCGCCCUCCGCGCCGCCAUAGCCUUCCAAUGCGAGAUACAACCCAAGAGCAGCUUCGACCGCAAGCACUACUUCUACCAAGAUCAGCCCUCGGGCUACCAGAUCACACAGUACUACGAGCCUUUUGCGACGAACGGCAAGAUUACCCUGUACCCUCAUGACUUCCCGCCUGGUGCUGCUCCGCAAUCAGGUCCUGUCGAGAUUGGCAUCAAGCAGAUACAGAUGGAGCAGGAUACCGCAAAGACCGUGCAGCAACCCCCUUCGACUCACCUACUUGACUUCAACCGCGUCUCGCAUCCUCUCAUCGAGAUCAUCACACUACCUCAGAUCCACGAUCCUACAGUCGCUGCUGUCGUCGUUCGCAAGAUACAAAACAUACUCAAGGCUGUCAAUGCCUGCACAACUGGCAUGGAGUUGGGCGGACUGCGUGCCGAUGUCAACGUAUCAGUUCGUCAACGCGCAGGGGAGUCAUCUGAUUCUAGCCACUCAUAUCACGGUGUUACUGGUCUGGGUCAACGGACUGAGAUCAAGAACCUGGCAAGCGUCAAGGCUGUCGAAGACGCCAUCAUCGCAGAGCGCGAUCGACAGAUCGACUUGCUCGAGAGCGGAGGUGUCGUUGAGGGCGAGACUCGCGGAUGGACUCUUGGAAGCAAAACCACCAAACGUCUCAGAGGUAAAGAGGGCGAGAUCGACUACCGCUAUAUGCCGGACCCAGACAUUGCUCCUGUCAUCAUUGGAAACGAUCUUGUUGAAUACCUCCGGAACACCCUUCCAAAGCUGCCGGAUGUGAACGUGGACAUGCUCGCCAAUACCUACGGACUCACUACUAAGGAUGCCAUCACACUUCUCUCCAUGGACGAUGGCGAACGAUUGGAAUACUAUCUGGACGUCAUUCGCUGCCUGGUCCGUCAAACUGAGCACGAGAAAGAUGUUCCACUAGAAACCUUGGGCAAGAUCACCGGGAACUGGGUAUUGAUGGAACUCGGCUCUCUCUUCCAAGACGAACCUUGGGACCCCAACCGCGUCCCGGCCGACUAUCUAGCCGGUGUCAUCUCGCACAUACGUCGCAAAGAGGUCACAUCGCCUUCCGCAAAACGCCUACUUGCCAUCAAAUUUGAGGGAGACCAGCGCAGCGUAUCUGAAGUCGUUCACCAAGAGAACCUUCUCCUGCAACCACUCAGCCAGGAAGAGUACAUCAAGCUGGCACAAACUCUGCUAGAAGAGAAACCCGACAUGGUUCGCGACAUCACCGAAAAGGGUCAAGUCAAGAAGGUCGGCUGGUUCGUGGGACAAAUGGUGAUGCGUGCUCCGGACGGAAGCGUCGAGCCAGACAAGGCGAAGGAGGUACUGCUGAACUUGCUGGGUGUAGGAGAGAAGGCGUAG